AUGCAGACGCCUCCGAGUGGCCCACCCAGUCCAGCCCUGUUCGUGACAGGCCUCCCUGUCGAUUGCACCGCUGAGUUCGCCAAGUCCAUCUUCGGCCAGUAUGGCAUCGUGAAGGAUGCUCGGAUGCUCCCGGUUGCUCCGGGCAAAACAGCAGCUGCGGCAGUUGUCAUCAUGAACACCGCAGAUGACGCCAAGUGGAUCGUGGAGAAUGUAAACGGCAACGUCCCACAGAGCCUUACUACCCCUGUCACGGUGACCUUCAAGUUCAAGGGAAAGGGCUUCGAGAACAAAGGCUUCGGCAAGGGCUUCGGCGGUUUUGGUGGCGGCAUGGACAUGGCGGGAGGAAAGGGAAAGGGCAUGCCAGGUGGCGCAAAUCCUGCUGCAGCUGCGGCAUUGUUGCAAGCGCUGGUUCCAUUGGUGGCUGCUGUUGCCGGCGGUGGCGGCGUCGGUGGAGGUGCAGCCCCCCCACCAGGAGGCGGUAAGGGCGGAUGGUGA